AUGAUAUUUGAGAUCCCCGUGAGCUGCUGCUUGUCGGUGGUGCCCAACGCCUACGACGUCGUUUUCGAUGCUGAGCUCCUAGAGGCCAUGGAGCUGGCAGGCCUCAGGAAGGAGGACGCUGAAUUGGCCUUGGCCGUUGGGGUGGAGCGCCAGGAGGGUGAGGGCUCUGCAUGGUGGCCAUAUUUAAGGCUCUUGUCAUGCAAGCACACGUUUCCUCUCUUCUACGAGGAUACUGAUCUGGAGGAUUUGGAAAACAUCCCCUUGAAGGAGUCCUUGAGCGUUACACGGCGAGCCGUCGAGCUCUUGGCUGAGAAGAGUGGCCUCGAGGCGACGGAGCUGAAAGAGGCUUUGCAGCUGGUCUUGGGGCGACGCUUCUCUUGCGAGGUGUCCACCGGAAUGAUCCCACUGGGAGAUUUGUUGAACCAUCGCUUCUAUCCGAGCUGCGAGUGGGAGUCGCCCUCCACAGCUAGCCCUGAGUCCUGGAAGUUGAGGGCAAAGAUGGAUAUUGCACCAGGAGAGACCUUGAACUUCGCCUACUGCGAGGAUCCCAACCACUUGCUGAUGACCACCUCGGGUUUUGUGGUAGAGGAAAACCCUUAUGAUCGCAUCAUGGCCAGACCCAAGGACUUGCGGGAGGCGUUGGCAUCAGUCUGCAAUGCACAGAGCAAUGAGGACUUUGCACAGUGGCGCAAGCAGCAAUUUAAGGAACAACUGCCAGAUCCCGAAGAAGAGGGAGUUGGGCUCAGUAUGUAUCUUGUUGGGCGGCAGCCUGGAGGCAUCCAGUGGAACGACUUGUGGCUGAAUCUGGUAGGACUCGCCGUCACAGAGGACCCCCAAGGGCAGCACUGGAGCGCCACGCCUGAAGGUCUUCAGAUGUACUUGGACGCGCUGGAGAAGGCCUCGUGGAGCUUGUUUCCACGUGGCCGCCUCGAGGAGGAUCUGGCCAAAGGCGAUGACUUCAAGUCGGACAACCAGGAGAUGGCGGCCACCAUGCGACGGGGCUAUAAGCAGAUGCUUAAAGAGGCGGUGGAGAAGUUGAAGGAUCGACUCCUGGCAGGUGAUGUUUGGCAGCAGUUGGAGAAGGAAUUGCAGGCACCCUUGCCCGCGGCCAUCGCGCCACCUGCGCAGGUGCAAGACAAGGAGGUUGAGGCGGAAGAUAGCGAUGAUGACUGGGGCAUCAAAUGGAAGGGCCCUACGAACCAAGGCCCGGAGCGGCAGCAGGAAAGCGUCCUGGACGAGAUUGCCCGGAUGGCGGCCACCAGCUCCAACUGGCACAAGGAGGAUUGGACCAAGAAAGAAGAGAGGCAGGAGGCGCGGGAUGAAGAGGAGGAUGAGUUCUACGAGGAGGGCGAUCGAUGGAGAGAAACCUUCCAGACCACCGAGGACAAAAAGGCCGACGAUGAGGACUGGAAGCCAGAUGACAGUUGGUGUGAAUGGAUUUCGAAUUCCAAAGAGGCAUUGGCCGUUGAGAACGUGGUGCGAAAGAUACGAGCUCGUGCUGGGCCAAAGAGUGCCAGGUCCAACAUCGAGAUCUUUCCAAACGAUAGCAUGCUGCAGGCCAUGAAGACCUGGCUCAAGAGGACGAUCCUAGAACAGCGCAUGCUACUUGCGAUGCUUCUGUUCCUCGAGGCCCAGGCCUUGGACAAGGAAAUGGUGGAGAGCCCACCUCAGCAAGUGAAGCUCAGUGAGUAUGACGCAGACCAAAAAGCUUGGGGCUUCGCCUGCUGCCGUGCCCUCGACCCCCACGCGCCGCCCUGUGCGGAGACCGACCGCGACGCCGUCGACGCUUCGAGGGAGCCGACGGUCGCGGAGGAGUUGGUCGCGGCGAGCACGGGACUGGUGUGGCGACCACGGGAGGAGUUCGAGACGCCGGAGAGUUUUAUUGCUCAUGCUUCCAAGUGUUUGGCAUCACAGUGGUUGAAGUGGCUUCAGGAUGGCACGCUGCGGUCCUCCGCCGAUGCGUCUUCGGUGGACGCGGAGCUCCGGAAGGUUUUGCUGUCGGAGGAAGCGGCCAAGGAAGCGAUUCAGCAGGUGAAGAACUUUGGGCAUCGCUUGGUGGAUGGCAUCUCCCAAAAACUAUCUCAAUCUUUGGAGGAGUUCUGCAGCUGCGUGGGUGAACAAGAGUACGUCAAGGCCAACAAGGCCUAUAUGGAUAUUGUCAUGGGAGCGCGGAAGUGGCAAGGUGACGUUCCCUACUUGGUGGAAGGGAACCGCAAUGGCCCUUCAGUGGUGCAGAAUGUGGCGGAACGGAUCAACAAGAUCAACUCGAAUCCUUUGGACGAGGCAGGGAUCCGGGAUCACGCCGUGCUGCUGCGACGCUUGAUGCGGGUGGCGCAGGUGGUACUGCCCAACCAGGACCCCUCGCGGAAUUGCGGGCCGGACCUGAGCUCCAUUGGCAUGAACCUCCUGACGAAACAGGACAGCCUGGAGCACUUGAGCAAUGCUUGCAAGUUGGCUCCGCAACAUGUGAUUCUCAAGAAGGCCGAUGCCGCGAUCCCAGAGCAGAAGCUCCGGAAGGGACAUGCACCCAAGGCCAUUGAAGAUCUCGUCAAGAACCUCAGCGGCUUGCUGGUCGAUCAUGAUGUUGAGAUCGAGCAGGAAGAUCUGGACCAGAUGGUCAAAGACAUGUUCGUGGAACAACCAACGACGGUACAAAUCAUGGGCUUGGUGCACUGCUGCGAGUAUGUUACCUUGAUGAAACGCUUGUGGGACACCAAAGGUGACCUUUUCCACAGCUUGCAGAAGCAGGUUCUGCCCGACCGGAACAUCCAAGUGCUCAGUCGAAUGGACCUGGUCUACGCUUGCGCACUGGCGCAGCAGUGCUUGGACAAGGAUCUGAAGCGGAUCCGAGACGCGAAGGUCGCCUGUUUGAAUCGCCUCGGUUCAGAAUGGCGCUUGGUUCCAUCAGAGGAGCACCUCAUGUUGCUCCACAUGUUGCCACUGCAACGACAAAUCCAGGUGCUCUUAAGCAUCGAACGGGACAUUGAGCUGAAAUGGUGCGAUCUGAUGGCCAAGGCGCUUGGAAGAGAAGAACGAAGCUCGCGGCUUCGAGAGUUUCUGAACUUCCACGAACGCUUGAGGCCCUACUUGAAUGAGGAGGACAAGCUUCCAGGCAAAAGGCCUUUGGAGCAGGAAAGCGGGAAGAGGGUGGAGACUUUGGAAUUGGCGUUGAUGCGUCAAGGCGUCACGGAUGUCUUCAAGAAGCUGAGGCAGAUGUACAAGUGGAAACCUGACAUCAGCUCCCGCAAAGCCAUCUCCAAGACCAAUUGGGUUGCGAGGCUCUCAGCAGCUGUGAAGCUGGCCAAGACCACGGAUACUCUUUCCGCCGACAAAGAGCUGCGGAUCUUCUUGGAGCAAGAGAGCAACAGGAGCUUGGGCGGCGAUGUUUUCAAGACAUUCCAGCAGUGGGCGAAGCUGAUGCAAGGCGAUGGCAUGCUAGUGAAGCCCAAGAAGAUUGCCUCCCAAGCCUUGCGCAACCAGAUUCAGUUGAGGUAUCAGGAAUUCCUUGAAAGGCGAUUUCCGGACCAAGCUCGUCACUUCCAGCCACAGACUCCUGCCGGCCUGGGUGUGGCAGCCAUGACUCCGGGCCUGGGAGCCUCCAUGACGCCGGGCCUCAACCCGGGAACACCUGGAGGGAAUGUGACACCUGGCUACCGGGCUCCCACGCCCACUUGGCAAGCUGGGGUGAUGACUCCUGGUAACGAGAUGGAGACAAACACCCCACAAUGGCAACCUCCUCCCACACCUGCAGGGAACGCCAAUUUGCCAAGCACACCUUUGCCUGGAGCAUCGCGGACGCCCUACGGCCCGCCUCCAACUCCUGUGAAGCAGGAUGGUAGUCGGACCCCAGCCGGGAUGCCUCCGGGCACCCCGGCCGGUGUGCCGCCCCCCACGCCGCCCGUGCGCCCCGGCACGCCGGGGCUGCCACCGCCCACCCCUCCGGGUCGGCCUGGUGCGCCAGCCGGGCCGGUGGUCUUCGAGCGGAGCUCAGGGAGCUCCUUGCUGAUCGCCACUGAGGGCGUGGCAAAGGAGAGAGCGCCAUUGGGCCGUCCGGUGAUGCCCGGUGGUGAGGAUAGUGAGGAGGUGAGGCCUGAGGCCGAAACGGACACCGCCGGAGCCCGGCCGUCCGGACGCCCAGUGGCGGACGCCCUGCGAGCUGCGUGGCAGUCACGGCAGCAGGGAGUCUAUGAGCUUCAUCAGCAGGAGCUAGAGUCAGCAAACUCACUUUCAGACGCUCGCGAGAUCUUGUACCAAGCCUUGAGGCCUCAAGUGAUGACUGUGGCAGAGGAGUGGGAGUCGGACUAUCCCCCACGGCAACAUCGCGUGUCGAAGGCUUGUCCGGACAAGAAUCUGCCGGAAGUCAGGAGCUGGAAGUCGCUGGAGCAGUUUUUGCCAGGCAAAAGCACCUUGGGGAAUACCAUCCUCCGCAGAGAAGCCUUCCAAGUAGGGCAUGACUUGAAGUCUUGCACCACUAGAAGCCAGACAGAAAGUGGCAAACUCUUCGGACAUGACGUGACCAUAGAGGUCACAGACACAGGAGGUUUGGGCGAUUCAGAGGGUCGUGACGAAACCUUUGUGAAAGAUGUGGCUGAUCACGUCAGGUCGCGGGGGGGGUUCGAUGGAAUCCUUUAUGUGCACAAUGCCUGUGUGCCUCGAAUCACCAAAGGAGCACAGAAUGCGAUGUUGGAAAUGCUGCACACAUUGGCUGAUGAUGCCAACCGUGCCAACCUUUGGCAACACUUUGGCAUUGUGCUGACACAAUGUGCAGAGUAUCAUUUCCUGUACACGUCCCAAUUGCCAAGAGAGCUGCGCAGUCGAUUUGAAGAGCUGGACUUUGAUGUUCCUGUCUUUUGGUAUGUGCAGGACAAAAGUACCAAGGAUAGAGUCUUAAGUGCCAUCUCCAGCAUUCUGGGGAUGAAAGGCUUUGAGAAUCAAAUCACCUCUUGGGUGCAGACCUUGCCAGUUCGCUUCACCAUGCCGACCGAGACCAAGAGAGAGGAGCUCAAGCGGAAAUUUGAAGAGAAUCAGCAGAAAGAGUUGGAGCAGAAGCGACGCAGUCAGGAGCUUCAGGAUCGAGUUCGACAGCUUGAGCAAGAGAAGAGCUACCAAGAUCAGCAGAGCGGUUCGCAGACGCAGCGCAUUCAAGCUCUUGAAGGCAGAAUUCGACAACUCGAGCAAGAGAGGAGCUAUAGUGGUGGCAGUUCUGAGAGAUAUUCGGGAAGUAGUGGCUGUUUUGCAAAGGACUCCUUGGUGAAUGUCCAAGGAAAAGGCACUCUCCCGUUGUAUCAGGUCAAGGUGGGAGACAAGCUGGCUACUGUGGGUUCCAAUCCGUAUGUAGAGGUUGUGGCAUGGAUGCACCAUGACUUGCAGGUGAUUGGAGAGGGAGUGGAGAUUGUCUCUGAAGCUGGCACUCUCCGACUCACCUCUGAUCACUUGGUCUUUGUGGAAGCCGACGACAAGAGAGUGGCGGUUCCCGCACAGGAAAUUCUUGUGGGUGAUCGCAUCAUUGGAGCCAAUGGAACAGGCAAUGUAAGCGCAGUGGCCAGAACACAUAUGCAUGGCUACAUGUUGCCUUUGACUACAUCAGGUGAUUUGCUGGUAGAUGGAAUAUUGGCAUCCUGCUACGGUCAAGUUGGCCCGUUGUCCCACAGCACCAUCAAUGGCAUCAUGGCAUCACUUCGUUCUACUGCCUUUCCACCGUGGCUUCGCCCACAAACAGACGAAGCAUGGAGCAAGUAUGCCAUCUAUUUCAAGAAACUGCUGUGGCUUUUGCGGUUGCAGUAA